AUGAGAAAAUGCCCCCCUCUCUGUCUCUCUCUCUCUCUCUCUCUCUCUCUCUCUCUCGCGACGGGCUCCCCGUAUCCUUCUCGUGACAUGAAGCAGCAAAAAGAUCACCAAGCGGCCGCGGUCCCUCCUAGCAACCGCAACUGGCGUACAGAUACAUGUAAAGAACUACUCCUGUACUGUACUCAGCCACGUCGACAUAGUUUGAAGCCCUGCAUCUCGCAACACUACAUACCUAUCAUGCUUCUCUCACGUUACGUCUUCUCCUUGGCCGCUUUCGGCCUGGGUCUCGUCACGGCGGAGUUGCUUGACCCUGCCCUCCCAUGCGCCAGCGAUGAUUUCUGCCUACAGCCGUGCAAAGACAGUGUCUACAAAGACUUCGAAAACGAUAUCACGGCCACGUGCAAACAAACUUCAAACGGGCCAUUUUGCGACUGCACAGUCUCUUCGGAUGACAAUUGCAAGAAAGUCUGCGUGGCAGUCUACGCAGAGAAUUAUCCAGAAGCUGUGGUUAAGGAUGGAUACCAAGAUAAUGGCCGCACGGGGGGAUGCUGCUGCACCGCAGAUUGCUCAGGGGUGAAGGAUCCGGAAAAGCGGAAGGAAUGCGGCGGGGACGAGGCAGAUGAACCACAGUGCUGGUUGCAAGGCCGCUCUGAGCCCUGCUGGCUGGCUACAGAGAGGUGCAUGAGCAAGGUCUCUUCGACACAGGACGCCGACGUGGAGCACCAGUAUCCGGUGCAGUCGAAGAGUAUGGUUCCAGGCUGAAGGGCGGGAUGAAUGCAUUGUGGCAGUCGGGGUUCGCGAGAAGAAGAUGCAGAGCGAAGUCUUGGUCUUAGUCUUGAUCAAUCAUUUUCAACAACUUCGUGCGUCUGCAUCUAUGACCUUCGCCCCUUGUUGUCGCUGCUCGCCGUCUUUACUCCAAGUGUUACGACUCGACCCAUAAAUUUCUCGGAAUACGAUAAGAUACAAGACGCUAGUAUGACGUGCGUGCGAUUGCUCGUAGUCAGGUUUCUUUUUUAUCUUUUUCUUCAUGUUUCUUUUUUUUUCCUUUCCUUUUUUUCCUUUCGGAAUCUUAGUUGAACUUCUGUAGAUCUGGCUAGCCCUGCGCUCGGGACCGCGUAGACCAUGACUUUAUCGCGCAGAGAGAAAAAGAGGUUGCCGGUAAGAUUCUUUUCGUUUUUGCUUCCUGUCCUUGGAGAAACUCGAACAAUGAAAUUUCCCGGCCAUUUGAGAUGAUUUACCCAUCGACCUGAGUCGAUAUUGCGUGGCGCGCCAAUUCAUUCAAUUCAAUCAGCAGCUCCAUACUGCCUCCUGUACUCCUCCAUCUUCUUCACCUCCUCUCCCAUACCCAACUUCUCCGCUCCAGCAAUAAUAUCUUCCAAUGUCAGCACCGCCAAAACCGGCACGCCAGUCUCCCUCCUCACCUCCCCAAUCGCACUACUCUUACUCUCACUUCCAUCAUCACCACCAGCAACAACGCUCUUCCCUUCCCUCUCCGCCGCACUCGGCGUCCUCUCCUGCCGAUCCACCGCAACCACAAUCCCCACCAACUCGCCCCCUUGCGCCUUGAUAAUUUCAAUGGCCUCUCUUAUCGCCGUGCCCGCCGUAAUAACAUCAUCAAUAAUAAUCACUUUCUUCCCCUUCAGCGCCUCCCCAACAAUCAUGCCACCCUCACCAUGAUCCUUUGCCUCUUUCCGAUUGAAUGCGUACCCUUUCCCAUCCCACCGCUCUGCAUCCAAAUGACUCAAUUCGUUCCCCGUGAUGCCCGCGAUGGGAAUCCCUUUGUAUGCAGGACCGAAGAUGAUGUCGAAGUCGAAAGUGUCCGGGUGGGCGAGGGCGUGGGCGUGGAUGGUGCGGGCGUAUGCGUUGUUGAAGGCGCGGCUGAGGCCGAAUUUGGAGAAGAGGCCGCAGUUGAUGAAGUAAGGACUCGUGCGGCCGGAUUUGAGCUUGAAGGAACCGAAUUUGAGAAUGUCGGCGUGGAGGGCCUUUUCGAUGAGUUCGGUUUUCC